AUGUCCUCCGUCGUGUACAAAGCUCUCUGUCGAGCGGGGGAUAAGGUAAGACAGGUUUUUUUUAUUAUAUUAUCCAUGUUAGGUCGUGUAUCCAAUACUGCCGAGUUUCGCGAAACCCGCUUGGAACCAUCCCGCCGGACCGAAAACUGUCUUCUUCUGGGCUCCAACGAUAAAAUGGUGCCUGGUCGCGGCCGGACUUGCCGACUUGGCGCGGCCUGCCGAGAAAUUGAGUGUUUCUCAGGUAAGAUUUUCGAUUUUUGAUUGGGUUUUAGGUGAAUUUGAUUGGUAAAGCCGUCGAAAAGAAUGAGCGUUGGUUGAAGAACGUUUUACAAUCGAUUUUGUCCCAGAAAACAAGGCUUUUUACUCUUUUUUAAUCGAAUUUCCUAGAGGAGGUCGGUGAAACUCCGAACCCAAGGUCUAAAGUAAAAUAUAUCCGUUUUAAUUGGCGAAAAAUUUUAGAACGUUGCUCUAGCUGCCACUGGGUUGAUCUGGACGCGGUUCUGCCUGGUGAUCAAGCCAGUCAACUAUUAUUUGUCAGGUGUCAACUUCUUCGUUGGUCUCACUGGAUUAGCGCAGCUGGCUCGUAUUGCCCAUUACCGAUACACGAACCCGCAGGCGAUCCAUGAAUAG